GCGGAUGGCGUGGCAGGUGAGAGUGCCAGAGCUGGAGGACCGCCUGCAGUGCCCCAUCUGCCUCGAGGUCUUCAGGGAGCCCCUAAUGCUGCAGUGCGGCCACUCCUACUGCAAAGGCUGUCUGGUGUCCCUGUCCCACCACCUGGACUCCGAGCUGCGCUGCCCCGUGUGCCGGCAGGAGGUGGAUGGUAGCAGCUCCCCGCCCAACGUCUCCCUGGCACGGGUGAUUGAAGCCUUGCAGCUCCCCAGGGACCCAGAGCCCAAAGUCUGCGCGCACCACCGAAACCCACUCAGCCUCUUUUGCGAGAAGGACCAGGAGCUCAUCUGUGGCCUCUGCGGCCUGCUGGGAUCCCACCAGCACCACCGGGUCACCCCCGUCUCCACUGUCUACAGCCGAAUGAAGGAGGAGCUUGCGGCCCUCAUCUCUGACUUGAAGCAGGAGCAGAAAAAGGUGGAUGAGCAUAUCGCCAAACUGGUGAACAACAGGACCAGGAUUCUCAACGAGUCUGAAGUCUUCAGCUGGGUGAUCCGCCGUGAGUUCCAGGAGCUGCACCACCUGGUGGACGAGGAGAAGGCCCGCUGCCUGGGGGGAGUAGAGGGUCACACCCGUGGCCUCGUGGCCUCCCUGGACAUGCAGCUGGAGCAGGCCCAGGGCAAGCAGGAGCGGCUGGUCCAAGUUGGGCAUGUGCUGGAGCAGUUUGGUAACGAGAGUUACCACGAGUUCAUCCGGAACUACCACUCCAUGGCCUCCAGAGCAGAGCUGCAGCAGGUCCGGCCCUUGGAAAGUACAUUCAGCCCCAUCUCCUUCAAGCCAGGCCUCCACCAGGCUGACAUCAAGCUGACUGUGUGGAAAAGGCUCUUCCGCAAGGUUCUGCCAGCCCCGGAGUCUCUUAAGCUGGAUCCUGCCACUGCCCACCCUCUCUUGGAACUCUCUAAAGGCAACACGGUGGUGCAAUGUGGGCUACUGGCCCAGCGACACGCCAGCCAGCCUGAACGCUUCGACUACAGUACUUGUGUCCUAGCCAGCCGAGGCUUCUCCUGCGGCCGCCAUUACUGGGAGGUGGUGGUGGGUAACAAGAGUGACUGGCGCCUGGGGGUCAUCAAGGGCACAGCCAGUCGCAAGGGCAAGCUGAGCAAGUCCCCAGAGCAUGGCCUAUGGCUCAUUGGCCUGAAGGAGGGCCGGGUGUAUGAGGCCUUUUGCUGCCCGAGGGUGCCUCUGCCUGUGGCCAGCCACCCCCACCGCAUUGGCGUCUAUUUGCACUAUGAGCAGGGAGAGCUCACCUUCUUUGAUGCUGACCGCCCAGAUGACCUGAGACCACUCUACACAUUCCAGGCAGACUUCCAGGGCAAGCUCUACCCUAUCCUGGACACAUGCUGGCACGAACGGGGCAGCAACUCACUCCCCAUGGUGCUGCCCCCACCCAGUGGGCCCGGCCACCUCAACCCCCCACAGCCCAUCAAGCUGUAGAGUUACUCCCGAGGCUGCCUGCCCACAGGCCCUUCCCAUCUGCGCACGAGGACUUGAGGGAUUCUGCUGGGUCCAGGAAGCAGAGAUGACGUCUUUACUGUUUGGGGAGGUCUUCAUGCCUGUGUGUCCCUGGAAACAUUUAAAGAUAGGAAGAAAAGGACUAUAGUCCCCCAUCAGGCAGGGGUUUA